GGAUGUGUACAGUGUAGUUCUACUAGUGGUAAGGAUGUGUACGGUGUAGUUCUACUAGAUGGUAAGGAUGUGUACAGUGUAGUUCUACUAGAUGGUAAGGAUGUGUACAGUGUAGUUCUACUAGAUGGUAAGGAUGUGUACAGUGUAGUUCUACUAGGUGGUAAGGAUGUGUACAGUGUAGUUCUACUAGGUGGUAAGGAUGUGUACAGUGUAGUUCUACUAGAUGGUAAGGAUGUGUACGAUGUAGUUCUACUAGGUGGUAAGGAUGUGUACAGUGUAGUUCUACUAGGUGGUAAGGAUGUGUACAGUGUAGUUCUACUAGAUGGUAAGGAUGUGUACAGUGUAGUUCUACUAGGUGGUAAGGAUGUGUACAGUGUAGUUCUACUAGAUGGUAAGGAUGUGUACAGUGUAGUUCUACUAGAUGGUAAGGAUGUGUACAGUGUAGUUCUACUAGAUGGCAGGGAUGUGUACAGUGUAGUUCUACUAGAUGGUAAGGAUGUGUACAGUGUAGUUCUACUAGGUGGUAAGGAUGUGUACAGUGUAGUUCUACUAGGUGGUAAGGAUGUUACAGUGUAGUUCUACUAGUGGUAAGGAGUGUACGUGUAGUUCUACUAGAUGGUAAGGAGUUACGUGUAGUUCUACUAGUGGUAAGGAUGUGUACAGUGUAGUUCUACUAGAUGGUAAGGAUGUGGUACAGUGUAGUUCUACUAGAUGGUAAGGAUGUUCUGUGUAGUUCUACUAGGUGGUAAGGAUGUGUACGAUGUAGUUCUACUAGAUGGUAAGGAUGUGUACAGUGUAGUUCUACUAGAUGGUAAGGAUGUGGGAAGUGUAGUUCUACUAGAUGGUAAGGAUGUGUACUGUGUAGUUCUACUAGAUGGUAAGGAUGUUUACAGUGUAGUUCUACUACAUUUACAUUACAUUUUAGUCAUUUAGCAGACGCUCUUAUCCAGAGCCACUUACAGUUAGUGAGUACAUACAUUAUUUUAUUUUUCAUACUGGCCCCUCGUGGGAAUUGAACCCACAACCCUGGCGUUGCAAACGCCAUGCUCUACCAACUGAGCUACAUUCCUGGAUGGUAAGGAUGUGUACGGUGUAGUUCUACUAGAUGGUAAAGAUGUGGGAAGUGUAGUUCUACUAGAUGGCAGGGAUGUGUACAGUGUAGUUAUACUAGAUGGUAAGGAUGUGUACAGUGUAGUUCUACUAGAUGGUAAGGAUGUGUACAGUGUAGUUCUACUAGAUGGCAGGGAUGUUUACAGUGUAGUUCUACUAGAUGGUAAGGAUGUGUACAGUGUAGUUCUACUAGAUGGUAAGGAUGUGUACGUGUAUUCUCUACUAGAU